CCUUGGCGAAUCGUACAAGAAAACUAGAGUGGUUGCCGAGUCGAGGCUAACUGGCUGGCGACACCUUGCUUUACCCUAGCUAUAAAGCACGGUUUUCCAUGGGCGCAAUGCUCCAGCGAUAAUAUUUUCGUAUAUGGAAUCUAAUUUGUACGACGGUGGAAGGAGAACUUGUCUGAACGAUAGCGGUGAGCGGCGUUUUGUGGUGAGGGGGUUAGCUAGUCUCUUACAUAAAAACAACCCAACAGAAGCCUUUCGUAUGCGAGCUCGAUAGCGUUAAACACACAUUUCGUGUUUUACAUUCUAAUAUACAUAUCAUGAACAUACGCGUGUCGUAUAAAAUGCGAUUUAGUGUUGUACACAGAAUGCUUUUUAAGCUUCUUACUUGGUAAACCCAGAGGAUUUUACCUUCCGGGCUAUCGGUUAGCAUAACUGUCGGAAUAGUUUGGUUUUUUUAACGCCAGCGACGGAGAUUCCCCAACUUUUGUCCUCACAUUAAAAUGAUGGACAAAUUCUCAUCAAGUGAUCCCAUAUAGUGUCCGAAUCUAAGCAUUUACCCCCAGCCUUUGGCGUAGUUGUGCGCAGGCCGUAGCGUUAAUGGGACUUUGACACGGAGGCGCUGUUCCUACACAUGCGUCCUGUUUGUUUUGAAUCCGAUCGGGGUUCAUUUCUGAUGAAUAAUAGUGAGUCAAGGGUAGAUUGCUGUUUGGCCUCUUUUAGGCUAACUAUAUAUUCGUGAAGCAUGGACACGGGAGUUAUGUCUCACCUGAGUGAGGUGUUCGUCCACCCCCUCUCGAAUCCUGGAGCACCUGGGAUAUGUCCCGAGAUGCUGGAGGUGGCCGAGCAGGCCAACCGGGCUGGGGACUUCAGCUUGGCGGCUGAGAUCUACAGCUCACAGCUAGCAGACCUCCAGCAACCUGACCGGGGUUUGUGUCUACGAAAGGCAGACUCUCUGGCCCGAGCAGGGCGAAUAUCAGAGGCGCUCGACUCGUACUGUACAGCAGCCAAUUUGAGUAAACUGCACCCCGAGGAGCUUCCCGUUCUUGUGGAGACGAUUGCCCGGACCAUUCGUGAGAAAGAGCUGGGCAUCUCGAGCACCCCAAACGGACAGUUGAACAACAACGACGGUGGAGAUGAUUUUGAAAGUGAUGGGGACUGUGUGGAGGAUGAAGUCCUGGACUUGUUCACAUGUCGUCUGUGUAAAUGUUUGCUGUAUGAGCCCACCACUGUGGAGUGUGGACACACUUUUUGUAAACGCUGUAUCGAGAAUGACUCCAUAUCGGACUGUGCACACUGCAAACUUAAGUUGACCAAAAAAGAUGCAUUGCCCAAUGGCCGAAGACUGAAUGUGGUUCUCAGUGGACUGCUGGACAAACUGUUCUCAACUGAGAGCAAAGCCAGGAAGUUUUGGAUUGAGGGAGAUGAUUUGUGGAAGAAACAGAACCUCGCAGAUGCCUUGGAGAAGUACAAUGCAGCUUUGGAUUUAGCGCCCUCUUCAGGCAGACUGCUGUGCCAGCGAGCGGAGCUGUACAUGGAAAUGAGAGACUUCAGCAAAGCUGGGCAGGAUGCCAACAGGCUCUGCAGAAUAAAACCAAAAUGGACAAAGGCUCACUACCUAAAAGCCAAUGUGUUGAUUAAAGCUGGACGCAAUGAUGAGGCCUUGCAAGAGUACUUGCUGUGUUUGGCUCUCAAACCUGACCUUGGGAAAGUCAAAUUAGAAGCCCAGAGGGUCCUUGGCGAGCUGUUUUCUUCAGUUUUUGAGAAUGAGGAUAUGCCGACACCUCUACACCCUCUGCAUGGGGGCAUGGCUACCCGUCUCAUCAAACCCACUGCCUUGCUCAGGUCACUGAGACCGCUUGCAAUGAGACCUGGCUGCUCUUCACAGGACUCAAGCAAGAGUGGUUUCAUGGGUGAAACUUCGUCCAGCUCAUUGAUUCCCUCAGCUGCCAAUGUUGACCCAGAGCAUGACGAGAGCUCAACCAAGAGUUUAGCUGAUGUGUUGGCUACUCUGCCAGCCCCACCAGGUGGAUUGAAGAGGAAGCACAGUGAAGAUGAAACCUCAUUAGCUCUCAUCCCACCAUCCAAACUGCUUAGACCAGAAGGAGAAUCCAGUGGCAUCCAAGUGGUUGCUGUUUGUGGGAGAAAGGUGGUCCCAGCUGAGCUACUAGACAGUGGAGACUUGGAGUGCUCCCUCUGUAUGAGAUUGUUCUAUGAGCCAGUGGCCACUCCAUGCGGACACACUUUUUGCCUCAAGUGUCUUGAACGCUGCCUUGACCACAACUCCAACUGCCCACUGUGCAAGGAAAAUCUGUCUGAGUAUCUGGCCACCAGGGGUUACAACAAGACCUUUUUGAUGGAGGAGGUGCUUCAGCGUUACCUUGGCGAUGAGCUCGCUGAGAGGAAGAAAAUACAUGAGGAAGAGAUGAAGGAACUGUCCAAUUUGAACCAGGAAGUUCCCAUCUUUGUGUGCACAAUGGCGUUCCCCACCAUCCCCUGCCCGUUACACGUGUUUGAGCCACGCUACCGGCUCAUGAUCCGGCGCUCCAUGGAAACGGGAACCAAGCAGUUUGGCAUGUGUAUCGCCGAUGAGCUCAAAGGCUUUGCUGACUAUGGGUGCAUGCUGCGGGUUCAAGAUGUGAAGUUCUUUCCUGACGGCCGAUCUGUUGUGGAUACUGUCGGUGUGUCGAGAUUUAAGGUCCUCAGUCACGGUCAGCGAGACGGAUACCACACUGCCAAAAUAGAGUAUCUGGAGGACAACAAGGUGGAAGGUGAGGAGCUGGUGGAGCUGCUGAAGCUGCAUGACUCCGUCUACGAGCAGGCCAAUAACUGGUUCACCUCACUGAAAGACAACAUGAAGAGUCAGAUCCUUAGUCACUUUGGAAACCUGCCCAGCAAGGACCCUGAGCCACAGGCCAGUCACAGUGGUCCUGCCUGGUGCUGGUGGCUCCUAGCUGUCCUUCCACUGGAGAAUCGUGCUCAGCUCACCAUCCUGGCCAUGACCUCGCUGAAGGACCGUCUCAUCGCCAUCCGCAGGGUCCUCAUCUUUGUCACACGCAAGAGGCCACGGUGAUCCCCUGGUCAAGAUGCCACAUUAGGUCACUUUAUUUUGGAUGCUCUAAGACUCUGACUUAGCAAGUCUGUCACUCUGGUUCUGUCUGAGCCCGUGACUGACUCAGGCUGCUGACCGGAGCUCACCCCUGCAAUGUCUGUCCACUCAGCUCUCUCAUUGUCAUCUAACUGCUCCAAACCAGUGACCAAUCAUGGCUUAGCUUCACUACUGAUUUGUCAGAUGGUAAACGGAGAAAAAGAGUUCCCCACUAACAAAACAAUGCCCCCCGCCCUUACAGACACGCACCAUUGUACAGAUUCAACUCUUCCCUCUGUGAAAUACGGUCGAAGAACAUAAAGAUGAAUGUUAGUUUCUCCUCCCAGCAACAAGACCAGAGUCCCCUUGUCAAGGUCAAUCUUCCAGAUGGAGGUGACUCACGCUGGAGAUCCAUGCUCCAGUCGGCAGCUGUCGCUUACCUCAAUCGGCCUGAAAGAGGGAAAGUCGAUCCAGACUUGACAGUGUUUGCUGCCUGAUCAUCGAAGUGAAAUCCAAACGUUGGACUCUGGACCCGUCCUGUCCUCUUGUAGCAUAUCUAUGGGGAAGUCAGCAAGCUCUGACGAUUGACUCUUCUCUUUGCUUUUCAAGUCCAACUGUAACACAACAAUCUCUGCCUGAAGAUGUAAGAGGAUGCAUCUUGAGCAGUGUAGCAAACUGAGAAUAUAUUUUAACAAUCUUGAUUUCCCCUCUCUCAUUAACAUCAGUGUGAUUGAGGCCAGUGUGCUUUGCUUGACUGUGUUGCAUUUUUAACAUUUUCAGAUAUUCCUUUUAUUUUUAUGGAUGAAAAUAAGUAUCAAGAGAAAGUGACUUGAUAGGAAGAUCUGUGAGCUUUGGGGUGGGUAUUUGAGGUGUCCAGUGGUCUUUCUUUGGUUUAUAUGUACAUUACUGUCACUCUGAGGCCUUUUUAAAUGUUUAAUUUAACGUUUCUCGAUCUCCUUGUCUUGAGUACUUGUACAUGAACACAGCCAAACAGCUGCUCCACUGCGGAUACUUGACAAACAGAAAGUUAAAGGGUGGGUUAUCAGUCACUGCAUAUGGAAUCUAACAAGCAUAAUAGUUAUUAUAUAGAUGGACCAUUUCCUGUAGGAGAGAAGUUGAAUCACUCCGUCUCACUCUGAUCUGGCCUGCUCAAGUUUUCCAAGAGACUUCAAUAAAGCAAGUCUUAUUUGACUCUGCACUUCACCUGGUAAUCAUUAAAGAAUGGUAGGAGGUGGAAGUGUACCUCAGAAUGUAAGACAGGUGGAAAUGCAGGUUCAGUUGGGUGAAAAGUUACAAGGCUUUUACUCUCGAGAUCCUGGCUUAAAAUGAUGGGAGUGGUCUCCCACACUGACGUAAUGAAUGGGGGCGGGGAAGAAAAAUGAAGGAAGUCUUCCUUAAUAUUGAGGUGGGCAGGUGGUUCUGAUGUUGGUGUUCAUGUACAAGAGCCCUUGGUCUGUCUGCUUCUCUCUCUGUCCUUCCAAAUGUUGGUGACCCCCUUGCAGUCAUUUGCUCUUUGUUUCUGGAAACGAUGGAGUGGGGUUCACCACGUGCUGCAUUUCCCUGGUAUGUUUGUGAAGGGAGAUCUUGUAUAGAUAUUUUUUAUUGCAAAUAAAGUAAAAAGUAUGCACUUA